AUGAGUGGGGAGAAGGGGGGAGCCUUAGGGAUAUUGGUCGCCAAGUCCCUGGGCACCGUUGGCCAUGGACGAUCUCUACCAGCAGGACCGGAUCUGGGUCUCACAGAAGUCGAACAGACCGUCUUCAAGGCGCAGUCAAGGGUGUCGAUUGAUCAAACCGACGUCCUUAUGGGAGGAUUGCUGCAACCUUUUUUAGGUAGCAAGACGCACAGGAAAGGAACCGUCCAGUGUGAAGCGGGAACCGACCGCCCCGGACUUGCAGAUGAAAUGCGCCCAGGAACGGCGGCCGAAGUGGGAUCACCGGAGAAGGAGGAGGGAUGGACCAUCUGCCAUCGUCCACCUUCCGAACUAGUUCCAGUAGCGUUCACUAGUUGCGGGUCUAGAGUCCGUCGCGAUACUUGCGAGUUCAGUCUCCCUUUUUCUCCCCCUAACCCACAUCAAACUAUCUACGUCUUUAUUCUUUCCGUUCAAUGUGACGAUCCAGGAGAGUUGUCUUGCAGCUUGCAUGGUUCCAUUGGGGAGGGUCCUGCUAUUAUUCCCAGUCCCAGUGAAUUGACUGCCAUCAAGUGGAGCCAGUUACUCCGUACUUCCUCAGUUCCUACUGGAUCAAUCUUCCGUGACCCAUCGCAAAGCUCCAUCGCACCCAAGGUAGGGCAGCGACCGAAUUUGCCAGCUUGGGGGCUUUGCAUCAAUUUUCACCACGCAUCUUUUUUCUUCCCUCGUUGCCGGAGAUUUACUCAUGCUGCUGACUGCAUCUACAGUCUCCAUAUCCAGUCACAUACAUACAGGAUGGUGGUCAUGCCCACCUUCCGGGUUUCGGAGCUGGGGCAAUUCUGUCGCCCGAAUGUCAGUCAAAUGCAAUCCUCGCAAUGUGAUACAUCGCCGUUUCCUGGCGGUUCUAGUGCCGCCACGCGCUUGAUACACCGGCGUUCAGGGACGAUCAGCUACGGGGAUGGCAUGGCUCUCAUGUUUCAUCAGCCAGCCAGCAGAUAG